AAUGGAUGUAAUAUGAAAAAUGAAAACCAUGUAAAUCAUGCUACAAAACAUACCACAUUUAUUUCACAUUUUUUGAUACACCAUGAGGCAAGGAAAAAAAUUGCUGAUGGUGCAAGUUAAGCAAUUUCAUUUUACCCGCGUUUUAUACCAGCAACCCGGAAGUUAAUGAAAUACAUUAGAGAGAAUAUAUAUUUCCUUCCAAAGGGGGAACAACAAGCUCGUUCCAGUCGGGGCAACCAGUCUGGAGUCGUUCGUAAAUUCAUUAAUGAAAAAUUACGAGGAAACCGGGUAUAGUGUGUAGCUUCGCUUUCCCCCCGUCACGUUUCGGAGCGGAGCGUUUGUCUCGUGUACGCUGGUGUUGGUCGGCGUCGCGUGGCGUCGCUGCGAUCGAAUGGCCGCCCUCAGUGUUCGCGAGCCUCGCUCGGUGCGUGUUUCGUGGCGCGGUGAUCGUCGUUGUUGUUCGUUUCGUCUCGGCUCCGUUUUGUUUUUACACGUUACAUUGAUAGAGUGGUAAUUAAAUUCCGUCGGGAAUCCGUCCGGCGCGUUUACAGCGCAAUCGGUAUCGCGCAUCGUGUACUAUACACGGAGAGUAUCGCUCGUCUCGGAGCGUACAUUCAACGCGAAGACGUCGCGUUUGUGACCGUCGUGUGCGCGAACACCGAUGAGCGUGUGUGUCAAUUUUCGUGUGCGUGCAUUCACGUCGACGUCGGCGUCGUCGUCGUCUUCGUCGUCUUCGUAUUCUUCGUUUCUCGUGCUAAGUUCGGAGUUUGUGUAGCACGGUGCAUCGUCACAGUUCUGCCUGUUCCGUCUCUCUUCAACGUAUCCCUUAACCGCGUACCAGCGUACUAUGUGCUUCUGUGUUUAUAAUCGUUGCGUCCUUUCUCUCUCCGUCUCGCUCUCCUCUCACCUGCAGUUACACGGCACACACAGGUGUCCCGUGAAAAGGAGUGGCGACGCCUGCCGUGAAUCGUCAUCGCUGUGAUAUUAAACGUCGAGGACACCUCGACGGUAUAUUAUACGAAUCCUGCCGAAAAGCAGCCAUCCACACUGCCCCCCGAGGAAUCAAAUGAAGAGAGGAGAGGUCGGUGGACGGUGAUGAGACAUUUCGUGGGACGGGGACAUAAUCGUUGCUGGUUUGUCCCGAACGACACAAUGCACGCCAUUCAUGACAGCCGACCAAUGCCAUCGGCAGAGUUAACUUUACUCCGUUCCUAUUGCGCAGGACGAUUCGCCGAGCGUCGACCGAGUACACUCUCGUGGCCGUCACGAGAAAAACGCGCGGAAGGGUCACGCUCAUUUCCGUCGUAAAUAAGGAUCGUUUUCGACCGACCAGUCGAAGUAACCUUGCCGCGCAAGAUAACCGAUCGUCCGUCGUGGAUCGCGUAGUGCCAUAAGCGUCGAAGGGAAGCCGUACCACGGAGGAGGCUCUGGUAUCCGUUCAAGGUUAUCCGCGCGACACCCUUUGGUCCAUGGAAAAUUUGCCAAUGCUAUAACGACAAUCCUGCCAUCUUGUACCUUUUGUACGUAGAAUACAAAACUACUAAUCAAAGGCCGGGCGUCUAAUACGCUCGGCGGGACGAUCAACGUCUGACGGUAGCCGCUGUCAGAAGCGCGCAUAAGAGGCCAUCAAUUUCCUCGUGGCGAUCGUGAACGCACUAAACGCCGAGCCGUGGAGCUGCCUCGAAGUAACAAGCCACGCGAGCCGACCUCUCGACCGGCCACUCGUCAGAAUGUUCCAGCUGGCCAGCAACCGGUAGCUUCUUUACCGGGCCUGGUCGCGAUCCUCAGCCCUUGGAGGAGGAAAAAGCGCGGCCGUUUCAAGGAUCGCCCGUCGACGAUGUCGAUACGCGUCAGCGGUGUUUACCUGCUGCCGAAUCCGCCCUCGAACGAGGCGGCCAACGAGAAGAAUAGUAAUAUCGCGGUGGAGAACAGUAUCCACCAGCAACACCAUCAUCACGCCACGAAAACGGUGACAAUCGUCGCCGGACCCCAGAGAAGCAACAGUCUGGAUUAUCUGAACUUCGAGGAGAAACGACAGAUCAUCGCGUCCUCGUUGUCGUUGAGCGACUUCUUCGCUCAUGGCCCCGCAGCGGCUGCAGCCGCAGCCAAAGAAGUCGCUGCUAACACCGUCAUCGCGAAGAAACAAAAUGGGGCGGCUCUGCGAACGAAUAGUCUUGGCUCCGGGGCGAGAACACCACCCCUCGAAAGGAAAAGCAAGUUCUCAGCCCUCGGUAGACUCUUCAAGCCUUGGAAAUGGAAACGAAAAAAGAAAUCGGAUAAAUUCGAAGCUGCCUCCUUGUCGCUCGAGAGGAAAAUCUCUGUACGAGCGAGCAGAGACGAGCUGGUACAGAAAGGAAUACUGCUGCCCGUGAUAAGGUCCACGUCGUUUCCAGAAAAUGAUGCGACGAACGACUCGCCCGAUGGUCAGAAACCUCCUACCCCGCAACAAACUCAUCAACAACAACAACAACAACAACAGCAACCAGUUGUUGGCGGGGUUGGUAGUGGGCCUGGCGGUACCCCUGCAUCAACACCCACGUCUGUUGGUACUGUUCAGCAAUCCCAACAAUCCCAGCAAGUACCAUCGGCCACGCCAACCCCUACGACUGCCAAUCCGCAUUCUACAGGACCACCCAGCAAUCAACCCUCGCCUCAUCCCUCGCCCCUUUACCCAGGGAUGCCGCAGGUUGGCCAACCCAACGGCAGCACGCAAGAGCCGAAGAAGGAAAAGACUGAACAGAGUGCAAAUGGCGCGGUAUCGCCGAGCGGUGAUCCGCAAGCGAAUCAGGGCACGGCUACGACCGGUAGCGUGCCGGUCUCGGCCGCAGCCCCGAAUUCGGGGGACCAGCAAAAGCCGAGUAGGCCGAAUACCCUGGAAGCCAGGGUGGUAGCCAGGAGACUGAUCUUGUUCGACAUGGAGAAGGGGGUCUUAGACCAAAGCAGCGAGAACCAGCAGGUGAUCGAGAGGUGUUACCCUCUUCCGCCUCAGAAUACGUUGAUGCUGUCGGAACUUCCGGAACCGCCGAUCCCUCUAAGCGAGAUCGGACCGAUUCCACCCCCGCCGAUGUUCAGUUCUACCAGUCCCACCCUCUUGUUAGCCAAGCAACGACAAAUACGAAACCCUUUGUCGUCCGAUUACGAGGACGAAGAAGACGAGGAAGACUUCGACGUCGAGGAGGAGGACAACAUGUACGUAGCCAGGAUGUCGCAGCCGGACCCGAGUAUCGACACGUCGAGGGUGGAGGAGAUCCCGGCGAAGGAGCCAAAGUUCCACGCGGUGCCGUUGAAGAGCGUGCUGAAGAAAAGAAGUUCCGGAAGUGGGCCUGGGACACCGCAGAACACGCCGACGCAGGAGAACAGGCCGUUGACCCUUCGUCAGGAGCUCCAUGCCUCCUUCAAAAGGCCACCGUUGAGGCCUAGGAUGAGAAUAUGCAGUCGACCGGUCAGAUUUGGCCUCGCCCUACCGUGCACCCUCGAGAACAAGGAAAACGCGAGGCCGUAUGUGAUAAGGGAAGAUGCUGACGGAGAUUCGGCCGAUGGACAGGUACUCUACAGGGACGAGUACGACGAUGAGAAAAGUCGGUUGGCGGCAAAGAUCGCGCGCAAGGAGUCGUUGUCGUUGAAGCUCGCCCUUAGGCCAGACAGGCAGGAGCUCAUCAACAGGAACAUCCUUCAACUGCAGACGGACAAUGAGAGGCAGGAAACGAAGGAGGCGAUUGGUGCCAAGCUCAUCAGGCGGCUGAGCAUGCGGCCGACCCAGGAGGAGCUUGAAGAGCGAAACAUUCUGAAAAAACAAAGUCCAGCCGAGGAGAAGAAACAGAAAGAAGAAAAGAAACGAUAUCUGUUGCGAAAGCUAAGCUUUCGACCGACUGUCGAAGAGUUGAAAGAGAAGAAGAUCAUUAGGUUCAACGAUUACAUCGAAGUCACGCAGGCUCACGACUACGAUAGACGAGCCGAUAAGCCUUGGACGCGGUUGACCCCUAAGGAUAAGGCAGCCAUUAGGAAAGAAUUGAACGAGUUUAAGAGUUCGGAGAUGGCCGUUCAUGAGGACAGCCGACACCUCACCAGGUUCCAUAGGCCAUGACAAUUGCAAUGUGUUGAGGUGCUACAGUGUGGUGCGGGUAUAGGUGAAGGUGCAGUGUGGUGGCCUCGUGUCGAGGCUGGAUAAAGUAUCUCGGAUAAUCGUGGCUUCCGAGGAUAUUUUCACGAUUGGAGUCGUCGUCUCGACGACGUUGACGGUGGUUUCUUUUUAUGACGUUGCUGCGUCGUGUUGUCAUUCGUCGUCCUGAUCAUCAUCAUCAUCACGUGUCCAUCAUCUUCGGUCACCGGCAUUCCGCGUUGACGACGAACGUCCCCACGACGUCGACGAAGAUUGUGAUAGGGUGGCCUGCGACCUAAAAGAGAUAAGGGAUCGCAUCGGCUCGCUCGAUGAUUUUCUCCGCGAUUAAGGCUCGUUCACACUUGAGCUCGACCGAAAAAUCAUCUCCUCUCCUGUCGACGUCUUUAGAGAAAAGUAUUUGCAAAUGAUAAACGGAGAACAGUUUGUUGAUUUCAGAGAAUCAAGAGAAACUGUACGAUGAAGUACGGAGCCUAAGAUCUAGGUCAUUGUAAAAUAAGAUGUCUUUUUGUACGAACGUUGGCGAAGUUCGUUCUGGCACGAUGCAAGAUGAAGAAGCUGCGGCGUCUCUUGUUCCUCGGAGGUGACGUCUUUUAUGAAAGUUUCCUAACUUCUGGACUAUCCGAGACGCUGACGAAAUAAUAAUUAGAGGAGGAGGCGAUAAACGAGCAUAGAAUUUCGUGAAUGAAAUUUCUUGAUUAGUAUCACGUUACGCGAGCUCACGUGUGAACGGUUCUUUCUAGAUAUAAAAAAAAACACCGUGUUUCUCUUUGCCAUCAAGCUAGCUCGUCAGUGUCACCUGGCAUCACUCGCGUAUACGUGAAACGAAUUCCUAAAAGAAUUUUCAUUUAUUCGUGUGAUAUAUCCUUGUGAAAUACUCAACUCGAAUCACGGAUACGGGAGGAUACAUUACAUGAAAUGAGUCGAGAAGAACAAAAGGGGGUAGGAAGGUAAAUGCCGUCGAAACUGAUUUAGCUUUGGAUUUAGUUUCUUUUUUUUUUUGAAGAUGCGUUAGUUGAAGAUAUUUUUAUAUGUUGUACAUUAACGAGAAACGUUUCUUUCGCGAAAUGUACAACCCGUUUUCUUUCACGAUAACGAAGGAACAAAAAGUGAUACAAAUAAUUCAAACUUCGCGACACAUAUGACGGCUACGGUGUUAUUUAUCGAACAAUUUCAUGAGUCGUGAUUUUAAUCGAUUUUCCAAUUAACCCUCGAAUAAAGUCUUUGCCAUUUUCGAAAUUUUAUACCCUUUCUUUAGGUAUUAUUUAUACAUAUAGUCUCGUUUGCAAAAUUAAGUGCCUAGUUUUAAUUAUUGUACUCUUUAAUGGGUCUGAAUGACUCUGCCAUCAUCAUUCGAGGGUUAAUAAUCAUAAUCAGUCCAAGCCCCCGUGAGUGGCAAUGAGUUCAAAUGGAUCAUUUUAUUUUUAGCCGACACGUUGAGACAUUGAAAUACUUGCGGUAAAAUUAAUACUUUCGUAUGAUUUCGUAUAUUUCCGACACUUCUCGUGUACGUAAUUAGCCAUACCAUAAAAUUGGCUAUUCUUUAGAUAAUUCCAUUUUGAAUCUUGAGGUUUGAUCAGUUUCAUGUGACUUCGAUUUCCGGUGAAUAGACACAAGACUUUUGCCGUCCAUAAAGUUGCCAAAUUAGGAUGAUCUUUAAUUUUCCCGAUUCAUUGGAUCAUUCUUUCUCCCCGAUAUGCUUUCAAUAGUUUCAGACACUUGGUGAAUUUCUUCUCAGGCAUUUAGAGUUUUGCUUAAGUGAGAACGUUAAAAUUUUAUUAAUCAUUUUAAUUUGUCACGAUAAUAUUGUACAGUAGUUAUCGAAUUCAUCCGUUCUCACUCUUCGCCUCUGUUACUGCUACCAUUUUUCUCGCACACAGUUUCCUGGUUCGCAUUUUUUAUAAUCGUGACAGACAUUCGCAAUUUCAUGCAUGCAUAAAGACAAAGGUCGUCGACCUGUAGUAUUUGUGAAAAAUUUGAUAGUUGUCGGUCUAUGGUAAUCAUCUGACACAACUUUACCAUUGAUCGUUAUUCAAGAUAAUCGGUGCUCCUCGAUUUUCAGCUGAUCAUCAUACCUUGUACAGUUGUACACAUGCUUGAAAUUUAACGACCCCACAGUUGUGUGGUUUAUUUAUUAACAGGUUGGUUAUUACGAGGGUCAUAAGUGAUCUAUGUCACCAAUUCAAUUUAACUGUGUAAUUAAUAAAUUAUAAUGGCUGAAACAAAAUUCUUAAUAUCGCUUAAAAUAAUUAUAAUUUAAAAUAAAAAUUUGAAAUUGUGAUUUAACAAUGGGAAAAAUAGAAAGGGAAAGCUUUGAUUAUUAAUGCUACAUUAAAUUUUCUUUAAUUAUUCGAUUAUAUGAAAUUUGUGAUUCCGAUCACCAUUGACCCCUCCAUAAUAAUUAACGCGUUAAACUGUUCCAUAAUGCAUAGAGCAGAGGCAUCGUUCAAUUCGUACGACUAUUUAUGACAAUCUUGUUCGAAUCGACAAGAAAAAAAGAAAAGAAUAAAUAAAUAAAAGAAGAAACUAUUUUUCCUUUACUGCCAGGUAUCACUAUUUCUCUAUUGCGGAGCUGCCUUGAGGAGCAAACGCUUAACUGACUAUCAUAUAAAAAAAAGAAAGGAAGACGAACGAAGGGAGACGGAAGUAAGAUAAAUGUGUACUCUGCGACGAAUGAAAAAAAAAAAUAAAUAAAGGGAAAAAGAACGAUGCAUUGUGCAAUUACACACACACACUUUGUACAGGAAUAAUAUACAUAGCGCGUACUUUAGUGACUAUUAUUAUUAUUAUUAUUAUUGUUAUUGUCAUCGCUAGGCGACGCUGUGAUCCUCGUUUCAAUUUUCGAUCACGCGUUUCGAUCGUGGAGACAAAGAAAAAGAUCGUCUACCGCUAUCGUUCGUGCUAAACUGAUCAAAGAUUAGAUCAAAGAUUCGUCGUCGAAUUGCACUCGAUUGGAUAAAUCGUGGCUCUUUAAUAAAUAAAAAAAAAAUAAAAAAAAUAACGCUGUUUUAGCGUGCUUCGAUGUAUCUUGCACGCUUUUGAAAACCUCUUCGAAGCUUCCUGUUUCUACAAUGCAUGAUCGUCAGUCGCUAAAGCUCGCGUAAACUUGUGAAAGUAAAUCGAGAAUACUUAUGCGAGAAAUGUAUGAUUCUCUGAGAAAUAUGACGGUACUAGGGAAGCAGGGACUCUGAAUAUCCUAAUUUCGACGAUAUUAAUAUUAAAAGUGAUUUAGAAAGGAAAUAAUAUAAUUUUCAAUUAUUAUCGGACGACGAGAAAUUACGCGAGUUCUUUCCUUGCGAGCGUGUAAGUCGCGACGACGGGUCGAUUUUCCUUCUAAAUAGUAACCUAGUUUUAACGAUCGUCCAAUGGGGUGAGAGGAUCGUAUGGUCGAUCUUUCUCGUAAACCCGUCGGUGAACUCAGCUGUUCGAUAUUACAAACAAAAAGAAACACAGAAAAAUGAAAAAAAGAAAUUUUCGUCAACCUCGAGAUCGUCGAAGGUGUCAUGAAGACGAUGGUGAAAAGACGAAGACCUUCUAGUGAACCACGGAGACGCACGUGAUUAACACGUUGACUGCCUCGGUGAAAAUAUGAUUAAUUAUUCAAUUUUCAACCGUUAAUUUUAUCAAAGUCUUUAGAAAUAUAAUACAAAGCCCAUACCAGGGUCAACGUUGUUUCUCUGUCAUUUUAUUCCGCGUUUUAAUUGUUUCGAUUUAUUAAAUAAUUAAUAAUGGUAAUCCUUGAUCCUCCGCGCCAGUCAACGUGAUUAAGGAACAAUGUAAAGUAGGGAGAUGAAGCGUCUCUCUCGUUCCAUUGGUCGAGCGCUGUGGCUACCGUGUAGUCGAACAAAUAUAUCCAUUAAUUUCCGGUUUGUCUGAUGUAUGGUACCAUGAGUAUCAGUGUGUGUGAGUGUGUUUGAUUAAAUCGUGAGAGAUCGAAGGGGGGCGAGAAGCUCAGCGAUCGAAAGGACGAGGGUGAAAAUGAGAAAAAGUUGAAAAGAAUCUGAAUUCUUGUCACCUUUUUCCCAUUCUUCUUUUUUUUUUUUUUUUUUUAUUCUCCUUUUUUCACUCUCAAGGACGGAUACGUAGAGGCAAAAAAAAUAAACGACUGUACACGAUGAUUGUAAAUAUAGAGGGUAGGGGUUGGAUAAAAGAGAAAAACAGACAAUUUGUUAGGCGUAAUUGUAAAACACCGCAAUAGUGAUCCACGCUAAACACGCUAAAACGAUUAUUAACGCAUGGCAGAACGAAAGGAAAAAAAAACAAUUAUAAAUGAUUUUAGGUAAAAAAAGCGACACACCGUAUACAUAUAUAAAUAAUAUACAUAGAGGCGUACAAACAUUAUGUGCGUUUUUCCAGCACAUAUAGUUGGUAUUUUGUGUACAAACGAAAAAAAAAAAUGAUCGGUGAAGAAAAGGAGAUUGCGUGAACGCGAGACAAGAUUGAAAGAAAAUUGUAGGUUUUCACCGCGCCCUAUCCAGAAUUAUUCUUAUUAUUACUAUGAAUUAUUAUUGUUACUAUUAUUUUGAUUUUUAUUAGAGGCGCGAUGAAAUGAAUUUGUCCAUGAACGAGGAUGUUCCUCGAUCACGUUCGAGCAAAUCGAAGAUGCAAAUUCUUCUCGUAAAAAAAUCAAUAUUCUCUUUCUAUCAUCGAAUUCCAAAUUAUAUUCGUACGUCUUGCAAUUUCGAUUUGCUCUCUGUCCACGUGGUAUUGUCGCGUGGACUACGAUUGAACCUCGUUCCGCGAAAUCGCGUAUGAAUCGUUGCACGAAACUGCGGCGAAAAUGUUAAUUGCCAUUGUUAAUUAACGCUUCGAAACCUCGUCAGACGUAUUCCAUUUAGCGCGAAUGACUUGUGUGGGGUUUCAAGCAUUCGGAAGAAAAAAAUUUUAUCUCUGCCAAAUUUUUCAAGUAGAACAUUCAUAUUUCGAGGAUUUUUAGAUCGAAAUUAAUCGUAGAUUAUGGGAUAAGGUUCGGAUUGAAAUAGGGUCCGAUUUUUCUGUAAAAUUGUCGUAAUUAUAAUUACGACGCGAUUAACCCUAUGGUGAUUUCAAUGCGUGGUAAAACACACCAUCGGUAGAUUUGUGAAAACACAGACUCGCAGAUUUGUUUAAAUUUGAACAAUUUUAAGGCUAAAGUGAACAAUUCUAUAGAUAAACAUUGAAGUGCGUAAAAUUUUAAUUAAUUAUUCAUUAAUUCUAUCCUAAUACCUCGUCUACGAGUCUGUCCGUGUUUUGCAAAAAUUAUACACGAAAUUUUAAGAAAGAAAAUAUAUAUCCAUGCGUGAUUCACAGAACGGGGAAAAUCGAGCGCACAUAUUGUAUCCACGUUAAAAUCGGUGAAAGAGAACGCAAUGAAAAACCAUAAUAAUAAUAAAGAAAGGGAGAGGAAAAGAAAACCACACAGUCAGGCUGUAAAAAUAUGAGAAAAUAUUGUCGCGAUCGACCCACGGUCGAUUCUACUUGUAUCAUAAUCUCUUACGAUAGCGCUACUAUUAAAACAAUAACGAAACAGUAACAACAAAAUAAGGUAACUCGUAAUUUAAGGGAGAGUGAAGAGAGAAGCGUGAGAGGGAUGAGUGUGAAUUAAAUCGUAUGCAAAGAGUAUGUGCGAUAAUAGUGAUUUCGAUGUGUCACUGAAAGAGAAUAGAGGCAAACUCGUUGCUAACGGAAACGGGCUUCGUUGUAUCCGCUCGUUGGUCUCGCGAUUCUCUGAAAUCUCUGCUCAAACUUCUUCUAUCUUUCUUGUCGAUCGAACGUUUGCUUCUAAUCACGAAAUAGUCGAGAAGACGCGCGAGGCCAAUCUCCGGCGACCAGCCCGAAGGAUUUUUACCAAAACGACUCCGCGAGUCGCGGAGUGGAAGCAGUAAAUAAACAUUAGACGUAAUUAUUGGAUUUCGUUCUGUUUUGUAAACGAAAUCGACGACAGUGUAUAGCCGUACGAUGGAGGGAAACAAAACCCACGCGUUUGAGGCCGAAUUUUCUAUGUCCGUCGAUCGAAUGCGUCUGCGUUCAGCGGACGAUCAUGUUCAAUUUUUUCCACUGACUUGCAGUUAUAUUCUUUUAAAACGCAUGUAUUCGGUAGAAAAAAUUGGACAAGAUCGUCCGUCGGACGCAGACGCAUGCGAUCGAUGCACAUAGGAAUUUCGUCCUUUAUUAGUCGAUUCGCGAGGAAAGCUGAAACGACGAGCUUUGUAAACGCGAACGCGUUUCGCGAACGAUCACUGUCUCGUAUCGAAGCCACCUGCAAAACACGUGGACCCUGUUUUAUUUCUUGUUGACGAUAAUUGUAUAUUUAUAAUCGUUUAUAGAGCGAGUUACGCGGAAAAGGAGAAUUUUUAAUGGAAUCUUAUAUCGCGAUGAUAUUUUGUAUUUUAAUCGAGGAUACCUUUGGAGAAUCGUGUAGUACUCUCCGAUGAUACCUUCAGAAUGUUUUGUUUCUUUUUUAAAUAAAUUUUGGAUUUCUUCAUUUUAAUGUUAAUUAUUAAAAUUAUUUGAUAUUUGACAAACAUCCUAAGGUAUUAUUGGAAAUGUCUAUGUAGAGUGUUCCAUGUGUUGUUAUAAAAUUUCAAAACUUUUCGUGAACCAUGUUUAAGUCUAUAAAUUUUGUAUAUCAGGAUCUUUUCUUCUUCAGAAAUAUGGAUGUUGUUCUUUGUUCUUUAAAUGAACCUUAAGUAUCACCCAGACUUUAGAAGAGAUUUAAGCAUAGUUGAAAAUUUAUCAGAACUUUUUGUAAAGAUAACGAAGAGUGUUAAAGUUUGAUGGCGACAUUAUGGAUGAACGAUGUGAUCCUUCGAAAUUCGAAGAAAGUUUAUUUAUAGUUGUAUAAUUUUUAAGAAGUAUUCAUUAUAAAAAUGUCUCUUUUAUAUCGGUGAAAAGUGGUCACCUUUUUAACGCUGUAUUUUAAUUGUUUUUCUUAAGAUUUAAACAAAAUCGAGCAGUGAUCGUUUGCGAACGCGUUGUUCGGGACGUAAAAUUUAAAGGAAUGCGUUGUAUUAUAUUAUCGAGAAACCCUCUAGGUGUAAGAAUAAUAAUGUAUAUAUAAUUAUUAUUACCAUAAACUUCGAUCGAUUGCACCGCGGGGAACGAAAUCUGUCUUCCCCCUAUGAAACGAAAAUGAAAAGGUGAGAAAAUUGUAAUGCACGAACACGUGAGAACGAAGACAAAGCAACAAAUUCUCAAGGUAUAUAUAAAUAUAUAUAUUAUAUAUUCGUGGAUAAAAACGAACAAAGUAAAAAAAAAGGGAGGAUGAGAAGCCAAAAA